CUAGUCAAAUAACUGGGCACCCGACCGAUCGUCACCUGACCCCGUACAUAUAACCUGCCCGUGCCUGAAUCCUUGACACAACCCGACCUUGUCGAUAACCCAGCUCAGGGACACAAAGCUUUAGCCUCAGCGAUGGCGGUGGCAGCAGCAGCACAAGGAGGAGGAGGAGGGGGCGAGUUGCGGCUGCUGGGCACGUGGUCGAGCCCGUGGGUGAUCCGGGUGAGGGUGGCGCUGGGGCUCAAGGGCCUGAGCUACGAGUACCUCGAGGAGGACCUGGCGAGCAAGAGCGACCUCCUGCUGAGAUCCAACCCGGUGCACGGGAAGGUGCCGGUCCUCCUCCACGGCGGCCGGCCGGUGUGCGAGUCGCUCGUCAUCCUCGAGUACGCCGACGAGGCCUGGCCAGGCUCCGGGCCCCCGCUCCUCCCGUCCGACCCCUACGAUCGCGCCACGGCGCGCUUCUGGGCGGCCUACGUCAACGACACGUUUCUCCCGGCGUACAGGGCGCUGUUCAGGUCGCUGACGGAGGAGCAGAGGGCGGCGGCGUUCGAGAACGCCGUGCCGAAGGUGGAGGUGCUGGACCGCGCGCUCGCGGAGUGCUCCAAGGGGAAGGCCUUCUUCGGCGGCGACGCCGUCGGGCUCGUGGACAUCGCGCUCGGGAGCCACCUGGUCUGGAUCAGGGUGGUGGACGAGGUGGGCGGCACCAACCUCCUGGACGGGGCCAGGUUCCCCGGUCUGGCGGCGUGGGCGGAGCGAUUCUUGGCCGUGGACGCCGUGAGGGAGGUCAUGCCGGACGCCGGGAAGGUCUUGGAGCAGUAUAAGGGGUUUCGGGCUAAAUGGAUCGCCGCUGCUGGUUCUACUUCUACAUGAACGUGGUCAUCACAGUGUAUUUUCGCUGCUGGUUCUACUUCUUCCUCUGCAGUCUCUGCUCUCUCAUGGACACGUGGGACUUUGACGCAGUACUUCGACUUUCAGACACCUGCUGAGUUCUUUUCUUAAAGUAUGUAGUACCUGUACCUUUCUUUUUCCCCUUGAAUGGAUGUUAUUACCUGUACUUGGAGAAGUAUUUGGCGUGUGGUUAGAAGUAUUUGGCGUGUGGUUUUGUGUCACUAGUCUAUUAACUCGUGCUCCUGCAUGGGCUAAUUUGAAUUAAUAUAAAAAAAUUUAUAGCUAA